AUGGCACCUCUUUUCCCCUCCGUUACUUUUAUUCGUAAUGGAAAUCCAGUUCCCGACGUCGAACGUCAGAAGCGUCUGGAGAAUCCUGAGCUGGGUAUCUCCGACACUGAUCAUAUGGCCAUCGCUAAAUACGCCGAUGGUCAGUGGCAGACUGCAACUAUCCAACCAUUCUCUCCCCUAACACUGCACCCUGGAUCGAAGUGCUUCCAGUAUGGACAAACACUAUUCGAGGGCAUGCAGGUAUACAAGACACCUGAUGGAAGGAUUGUUCUCUUUCGACCUGACAAAAAUGCAAAACGCCUCAACGUCUCUGCCGACCGCGUCGCCAUGCCAGAACUACCAGAGAAGCUUUUUCUCGACAUGAUUAAAGCACUGGUAUGGGUUGAGCGCGACUGGUUCCCUUCUGGUGAAGGUGGCAGACUUUACCUACGUCCCUUCAUGUUUGCUGCCGGAAACUCCGUUCGGUUCGCAGUAGCCAAAGAGUAUAUCUUUUGUGUUCUUGUCUCGCCAGCACGGUCAUUCUUCAAUCGAACUGUACUCAAUGUCUACGUCGAGCCGCACUUGAGACGAGCAUCUCCAGGUGGCACAGGCAGCUCCAAAUGCGGUGGCAAUUACGCAGCGGCUCUUCGAUCACACCAAGAAGCUGCUAAGUAUGGAUGUGACCAGGCGCUCUUCUUGGAAGAUGACGGCAAGAUCCAGGAACUUGAAGUUACCAACAUCUUCUUCGUCAUGAAGAAUGGUACAAUCCGGACACCUUGUCUGAAUGACACCAUUCUGAACGGUGUAACACGCGCAUCAGUCAUGGAACUGGCCAAGCGACGAGGCAUCAAGGUGGAGGAGCGCGACUAUUACUUCAAAGACUUCCAUGCAGACGCGACGAACGGCGAUGUAAUUGAAGUAUUUGCCUGUGGUACAGCUGGUGGUCUCAUCGCUGUCGGUUCGUUCUACUGCCCGCCUAGCGAAACAAAAGCAAGCAGUGGAACUAAUGGAAGCACCGGCGGCGAGUUUCUAAUUGGCGACGGUGAAAUGGGCGACUUGACCAAGAAGCUCAGGUUGGAGUUACUAGGAAUACAAAACGGGACCAGAGAUGAUCCUUUUGGGUGGUUACAUGAGGUUCGGAGUGAUGAUCUGCCUCAUUAUUCUGGUAAUUAG